AUUAAGGCGAAUGGACCGACUAAAACGAGUUUAAACCGACUGCAGUUCCACAGCUGGAGCGUCAGGCAGACAGUCCCGGCUCACAAUGGACCCCAGCAACGAGACCAACAAGAUGAUCUCUUCCCUAUCAGAUGCCCAUGAAACCCAGAAAAUGACCCCACCCAAAGGAGCAGGCUGCAGCUGGCUGGUGGUGCUCGCAGCUGUAACGGCCUCUCUGAGCGGCCUGAUGCUGGGUUAUGAAAUGGGCCUGACCUCUGGGGUCCUGCUGCAGCUGCGGGGCGUCCUCUCUCUCUCCUGCAGGGAGCAGGAACUGCUGGUAAGCUCCCACCUCCUUGGAGCGCUCCUCGUCUGCUUGGCUGGAGGCCCAAUUCUGGACCGCUACGGCCGCCGCUGCUCUCUGCUCCUGAGCGCCGGGCUGGUGGUCGCAGGAACCGUCGUCCUUGUUGCGUUGACCACACUUGUUUCGCUCGCACUGGGCCGAGUGAUCGUCGGCAUGGGGACCUCUCUGUCGGGGACAGCGGCGUGUCUGUACAUCGCAGAGAUCUCUCCGCGGGAGAGGAGGGGUCUGCUGGUCACGCUGUACGAGCUGAUGCUAGUUGUGGGGGUCAUGCUGGGGUUUGGAUGUAGUUACGCCUUUGCUGCGCUGCCUCACGGCUGGACAUACACGUUUGGGCUUGUGAUUCCCCCUGCGCUGCUCCAGAUAGGUGCUCUAAUUUUCCUCCCACCUAGCCCACGCUUCCUUGUUGCUCGGGGCAACGUGGAGCAGGCGAGGGACGUGCUGGCCAGGAUGAGGGGUGGAGCCAAGGAGCAAGUGGCAGGGGAGCUCAGGGAGAUCCAGGCUGGACUGAAAGAGGAGUCGGAGCAUAGUUUCUGGGAGCUCUUCAGCAGCAAAGCAAACCUGCGUUCACGGCUGCUGACAGGGGUGGGGUUAGUCUUCCUCCAGCAGGUUACUGGACAGCCCAACAUCCUCUCCUACGCUUCACCUCUCCUCCGCAGCGUGGGCUUCAACAGCGACGCCGCAGCGACCUUGGCCUCUACAGGCUUCGGAGUGGUCAAAGUAGUCGGCACCAUCCCCGCCGUGUUGCUGGUCGACCGCGUGGGAACCAAGAGCUUUUUGUGCGUGGGCGCGGUCACGAUGGGAAUGUCGCUAGCCGCACUCGGUACGCUGACUCUACAAAGCCACACUCGCCUCACGAGCCUGUGUAAAAGCCAGGUUAUGCUGAACCACACAAAUACGCAGCUGGCUUUAAACAGAGCCCCUGUAGACUUGAACAGCAGUGACUUUUUUACCACUCACCUCCCCAGCCAGUGGAGCCCUGAGGAGGCGCUCAGGACUGACGCUGAGGGUGGUGGGUUUGGGGAAUCAGGAGGAAGGACUAGUGUUGUAAUUUUUUCUUCGUUGAAGUGGGCGUCAUUGAUCAGCCUGCUGUUGUACGUGGCAGCCUUCUCCAUUAGCCUGGGGCCAAUGGUGUAUGUCAUUCUCAGUGAGAUCUUUCCCAUGGGAGUGCGAGGCAGGGCUGUGUCUGUGGUGUCAGCUGUGAACUGGGCCACAAACCUGCUCAUUUCCAUGACUUUCCUCACCAUCACAGAAAAGAUUAGUGUUCCCAAUGUCAUGUUCCUGUACGCUGCCCUGAGUUUUGUUCUGCUGGUGUUCGUCAUCCUCUGUGUCCCUGAGACCAAAGGCCGCUCGCUGGAGGAGAUCUCAAAAGAGUUGGCAAAGAAGAAGAAUCUGGAGGUGCCCCUUUUCAGACAGGAGCAGCCACAAGAGAGCCUGAUCAACCGGAGCACACAUCAGGAAACCUCUGACUCUUUUAAAGCUAUUCACCUUCUGCGACCUGAGAGGAAGGAGAAAUGAUCAGUUGUACAUCCCUGCACCGUUUGCUGGAUCACAUCAUUUAGCUCCUUUUGGGAAAGGAACAUGUUCAGAAAAGGACACAAUUUCUUGAAUCAGAUUAGCUCAGGGUUUACCGUACUUGGCUUUUUUUUUAUUUUUAAUUUGGUCUCAAACAAAAUGGAAAAAUAAUCAGGAAUGGAUGUAUGAAUACAUAAAGUGUAUAUUUUGACCAAUUUCUAGAUAAUCAAAGCCGAAAAGCACUAAAAACAACAAUGCAGUCUCUGAACUAGCGGUGAAACUGAACUCCCAGUUUAUUUUUUCCAUUUUGAGCCAACAUUUACGUUUACCCGUGCCUAA